AUGGAUCUCAUUCCAGCGGGAUCGCGAGGUGCGCUCCGCCUCCAUCCCGGCGCUCGGCCGUCUCGCAAUGAUGCCAACAUCGGCGUGUUGCCUUCCCAGCGGUGGACCUUUCAGAGCGAUCAAACCUGCCGUGACGCUCGAUUCGCAACCUCGCCCUUGACCACUUCGUCCGGCAUUUCCCACAGCGCCACGCUCACUCCAGCCACAACGCUGGCUUCAUCCGCCACCCGCAGCCUGUAUCCAGCUACCGACGACGAGGCUUCCGCUUCCAUCGAUGCAGACAUCCUCGCAGCUCAGCGCUUCCUGCGCAGCCAUCAACCCGACAUCGAGAUACCCGACUACAUCCUCGCCCAGGUCUUUGACGAGAGUGCUCGCGACAUCCAUGAACGCGGCUGCUCGCUCGACGGAGGAGCCAUCGGCCUGGCUGAUGCACAGGCUGUCGCGCUGCUUGGUCCGCUCGCUCUGCCGGACAAGCGCGUCUAUGCAGUGGCGUGUAUCGGCGGAUCCCACCGCAAUCUGCUUCUAGUUCACCAGCUUCAAGUUAAUGCUCCGAGCCAAGAUGACAGCGCUUUUGCUGUGCAGACUUCGGAAGCUGAGGCGUCCACUCGAGCGCUGCCAGAACUGCCGUCCACCCAGACAGACGCUCUGCGAUUCAUUCCCGCUCACCAAGCACAGCAAACGUUCGCGACUCCGAUCCUACAGAUUGUCGCGUCCUCGGAUCGGAUGCAACUCGCUGUGCGGACUCACUCGGCUACCACCUUCUUCUCGCUUGGCCCACCCGAUGCCUCCGCGCUCCAAGACGGCCCCCAGCUCCAUCCGAUCCACCAUGCUCGCUUCGGCCAAGACGGCUCCACCCAGCACCACGACGUCGUCUUUAGCCCGUAUACCCCCAACACUGCAGCUGCUGUUGAUCGUGCGGGAAACAUCACCAUGUACCGCCUUCCGGCUUGCAACCCAGAUUCCCGAAGCUCAGAACCGGAAUCAUCUUCAACAGACGCAUCAGCACCACCUCCUCCGUCCUCCGCGUCCAGAUCGGCAGAAUGGCGAAAGCAUGCUCAGCCCUCACAAACCUCGCCACAAAGCGCUGCUCUCCCCGGUCAUGUGCGACACAUCGACGUGGGCCGCUGCAUCGAGCAGUGGCAAUUGCAGACAGACUCGCGCGACCCCGACAGCUCCUCGGCACCGGAGCCGGUACAAAACGAACAACCUUCCUUUGAGGGACCCUUUCGCAUCGCGUUUGGCGCAGCAGAUGAUAGCAUCAUCCUACUCUCUCGUCAUUCGAUCCUCGGUAUCAGUGUGGAAAGCGCGGAUGCGGUUACGGAUGCCGCACCGACUGCGCGCGUUGCUUCCGUCUUUCAGUCGAGCUUCUCCACCGCCUCCUUCCGUCGAGCGCGCUUUGUCUCCAUGGCUACAGCAUCGUCGCAAUUACAACAUCCGCUCUUGGCCGUCUGCUCGACCGAGUCGAUCCACUGGUUCCACCUCGGCCACGAACUUCGUCCGCUCUUUGCCACCGCACAUCAUCGUGGCGACGAUCCCACUCUGGCCUUGACUCAUCUCCCUCGGAUGGAGAGGUCGCGCAUCAAUACUGCGCCGGAAAACAGCAACCUCGACAAGAUCAUGUGGACGCUCUCCUCUCGCAACAACAAUGUGAUCUCGUGCUACACCGUCAACGUCGACUCGAGCUUGGCUGGAGACGCAGAUUCGAACGCAGACAGCGGCGAGGAGCUCUACAAGCUCGGCGACGUGCCCUCACUUCUCCCUUCGCCAUUCGUAUCGUCGCAUCAGCACCGGCUUGGGGCUCCGCCGCUUUAUGUUGGCACCACCGAGCUUCUAUUGCAACAGCGUUUCCCGGCAUCGUGGCUCAGCUUCCACAUCACGGAACGCGGCAUGCUCUCGGCCCAGAUGUUGAGGCUCGAUGAUGAUCCACUUGGCGAAAGCGCCUCGCAGACUCAGCUCGGCACGGAGCUCAAAGUGGCGGAGCCGCUCGUCCAAACACAACUCUACCUGCAUGACUCUGUCACACAAUCGGCAACGACGCUCGAAGUUGACUCGCUCAGCAACGUCAAAACCCGCAUCGUCGACCACCACUCUUUGCAGCAAGCCAUCUUUUCAAGACGACAGCGUCCAUACGGGCGCGUGCAGAACGACGUCGAAACAACUGCCGAUUUGACAGAGCGUCUUCGUCAAUCGUCUGUAGAAUCCACCACGGCGCAUGUAUCGGCCCGAGCAUCCACUCUGACGCUUGGUCAGCUGCUCCGCAAUUCCUGUCUUGAUAGCACGCCGAAGCCACAGGAGGACUCGAGCUCCAAAGCCUCGUGGUCGAACGUGCCCGAUCCUCUGGACGGCAAGGGAGGCGCGCAAGCAGCCGAGUCCAGCAUCAUGGCACUCCGAAGAGAAGUUCGCCACGCUCUUUCCUCGCUCGGCGUGUCUCCGGCGCAGCAUGCAUGGUCGCGCUCGGCAACCGCGGCAUCGCAACUCGGCAAGACGGUCGAUGGCAUCGAUUCGGCCAUCACCGGCGAUGUGGAUCCGCUCGAGCAUGCCCUUCGUCACAAGGAAGGCCAGAGCGAAGUGGCUCCGUACCUUGCUUCUCGCACCCGAGUGCAGUCUUGGAACUCGACCGAGCGAAUUGCUGUCCAACGGUCGUUGCGCGAUGCAGCUCGACGCAUGGCGCUCGAUCUAGCGCUAGAGACCGAGGUCUUUGUGCGACCCAAGGCUCGCAUCCUGGACGAGGGCGCGUCGACGCAGAGGCCGCAGCAGCGGCGCGGCACCAAUUGGACGCCGCUCGAACACCGCGACAUCUUUGCCUUUGUCGAGGAGCAGGGAGGCACCAUGCCACCACCGCACGUCGGUAGCAUCGGGCUGUCGUUCUUUGCGCCGCUGCGCAGCAACGAUCUUGAAGCCGCAGCGACGGCAUCCGCGAGCCAGAGCAGCGACGGUCAGGGGCUGAGUGGUGCGGAUCUGGAGCGUCUGCUGCCGAGCACUUCGUCGACGGCACGCCUGUUGCUGUCAGAGUGGCAGCUGGGUGAGGACCCGAACGAGUAUACGUACGUCGAUCCGUUCGAGGGUCUGCAUCGGCUUCCGAGGGCGAGUCGACUGCGAGGCUCUUCGGCCAGAGCACGCUCUCGCUCCUUCUCACGCGCAUCCAGCGCCUCGACCGAGGAUCGCUCGAGGAGCCGCAGCCGAAGUCGAAAGCCUUUUAUGGGUGGAUCGUAUUCGCAGCCGGAAGGUCAUUCGUCUCCUGCGCCGGGCUCAUCCUAUCCGCCAUCGCUGGCGUCGCACAGUCAGCCUGUGGGCUCGUCGUCGCUUGCACCGCCCACUCUUGUGUCGAGGCGGAAGCGGCCGCAUGGCGGCGUGAUUUCACGUUCGCAACCCUUGCGUGCGCCGGGAGCGGAACGCGCACAGCCGCGCAACGACACGCCGCCAAUGUCGGUGCUGGCAGUGUCACCAACGCCUCCACCUAGGUUUGACGCUGCCCAAACGCAGCCGGCUCCUCCACGAUUUGGAUCACUGAUCGCAUCGGAGGUCGGCGGCCCUGGCCCAGCUGCAACGACGGCCUACACCCAGGUCGAAGCGGGUCGCUUUGGAGCACGUCCAGCAAACACCGACCGACCUCCCAAGAAGAAGAAACGCGCGAGCGGGUUCUAG